CCUCUGCUACAGUCUCUUUGAUUUCGCCCUUGCUCACACGAGCAGUCACCUGCUCGUUGUCCCGUUAGAUUCGUCGUUUUGCAGUCUAGUGGAAAGUUGGGAUGAAGUAGAAAGGGCCUCUAUGACCAAUUGCAAUUGUUGGACCACUGCAAGAAAGUUGAGCCGCGUCUGACAGUUGAUUUUCUCAAAAGUCAUAAUUCAGGUUGUAGGACAAUGGCAUUCGUUCCAGCAGGGUUGGGACAGGCCAGCAACGGGAUGACUGAGUUCCAGGAGAAGAUGCGGCAGCAGCUGGAGAGCUCCAUGCACACGGAGCUGGAGAAACUGGUCGGCACUGCCAAGGGCAAUGACGCUAAGGUGGCCCAGAAGGACUUUGAGGGCUUCAAGAGGCUCUUCCAUCAGUUCCUGCAGGUGAAGGGGCCCUCCGUGGACUGGGCCAAGAUCCACAGGCCCCCCGAGGACUCGAUCCAGCCGUAUGAGGUCAUCUCCACCCAUGGCCUUCCGGCGGGCGUCCCGGAGAGCGUGGCCCUCAACAAGCUGGCCGUGGUCAAGCUCAACGGAGGCCUGGGCACCAGCAUGGGCUGCAAGGGCCCCAAGAGCAUCAUCAGCGUGCGCAGCGAGAACACCUUCCUGGACCUGGCCGUGCAGCAGAUCGAGCACUUGAAUAAGACGUACAAUGCAGACGUGCCGCUGGUCCUAAUGAACUCCUUCAACACGGACGAGGACACCAAGAAGAUCCUGCAGAAGUACACCCACCACCGGGUCAAGAUCCACACCUUCAACCAGAGCAGAUACCCACGCAUCAACAAAGAGUCCCUUCUGCCCAUCGCCACCAACCUGGGGCUGACGGGGGAGAACGCGGAGGCCUGGUACCCGCCGGGCCACGGCGACAUCUACGCCAGCUUCCACAACUCGGGCCUCCUGGACCAGCUCAUCGCCGAGGGCAAGGAGUACAUCUUCGUGUCCAACAUCGACAACCUGGGCGCCACGGUGGACUUGCACAUCCUUAACCACCUCAUCGCCCAGCCGGCCGACAAGCGCUGCGAGUUCGUCAUGGAGGUCACCGACAAGACCCGCGCCGACGUCAAGGGUGGUACGCUGACUCAGUACGACGGAAAGCUGCGCCUUCUGGAGAUCGCCCAGGUGCCCAAGGCCCACGUGGACGAGUUCAAGUCCGUCACCAAGUUCAAGAUCUUCAACACCAACAACCUGUGGAUCUCCCUGCCCGCCAUCAAGAGGCUGCAGGACCAGAACGCCCUCGACUUGGAGAUCAUCGCCAACCCCAAGACCCUGGACGGCGGUCUGAACGUCAUCCAGCUGGAGACGGCGGUGGGCGCGGCCAUCAAGAGCUUCGACAACGCGCUGGGCAUCAACGUGCCACGCAGCCGCUUCCUGCCGGUGAAGACGAGCUCCGACCUGCUGCUGGUCAUGUCCAACCUGUACAGCCUGGACGCCGGCUCGCUCACCAUGAGCCCCAAGCGAGAGUUUCGCACCACGCCGCACGUCAAGCUGGGCAGCUCCUUCACCAAGGUUCAAGACUACCUGAAGAGAUUUGAGAGUAUACCAGACAUGCUGGAGCUGGACCACCUGACGGUAUCAGGAGACGUCACGUUCGGAAAGCAAGUCACCCUCAAGGGAACUGUCAUCAUUAUCGCCAAUCACGGAGACCGGAUUGACAUCCCUGCCGGGGCGAUGCUGGAGAAUAAGAUAGUAUCAGGAAACCUGCGCAUCCUCGACCACUGAGGUCGUCUUGGCAACGAAGACGAGAAACCAAGCAUACAAACGGCGCAAAAGAUGCAAAUCACAGCAGUUCUACAAUCAUGACCCAACGCGCCAGCAACCACUUCCUGUGUCAGCAACAACUUCCUGUGUGUCUUGACCUUUUAGGGUAAAGGAAGUCCUUUGAUGUUUGUAUCUGUUUCAACAACCCAAAAAAAUCCGUUAGAUUAGCUGCCCUGAAAGAAAUGUUCAGAGUUGGCCCAACGACAACAACAAAGCGAGCUUUUUCUAUACUGUUGUUGCGAGAAGUGUUAUAAUGGCUUUGAGGAAACGGGGCCUUCGUUUGUUUGUUUUCGUCACACCUCGAACCUCGCAAUAAUAAUCGAUUGGUAGUCUUCGAGUCUGUUACGCCUGUAAGAUUGAACAAGACUACCUCUGAACGCUUGCUCAGGCGCCAGUUCCUCCAGGAACUGAGUGUGUGACCCAGGAAGUGAAUGAAUGAAUGUGUGAAUGAAAAGUUUGACCUCUGCUGUAACAGGCUCCCCUGUCCCCAACCUGCUGACUAUAUUUCUUCGAGCUCGAUCGGAGCUCAGUGUUGUUACAAGGCUUCCCGGCAACGCCUCCUGGUGCCUGAGUUCAUUGUGACAUCAAUAAAGGUGCAAUACAUGGACUCAA